AUGUCACCAUCCAAGUUAGCCUCCCUCCGCAUGAGCCUGAGCACGGCGCUGGUGGUGUCAGUAUGCGUUGUCGACUCCGUCACCAUAGCCUACGACGGCUCUCUCAUGGGUUCCCUCAACGUAAUGGCCUCGUACCAAAAGUACUUUGAGCUCACAACGGCAACGACAGCCGUCAACACAUGCGCUACCUUCCUAGGGGCCAUCCUCAUCGGCCCAUUCACGGGGAUGCUCAUCGACUGGAAAGGCCGCAAGAUGGGCCUCUAUGCAUCUGGUAUCGUCAACAUUAUUGGCGCCAUUAUCGCCGGCGCAGCAGUAAACAUCGCCAUGUUCAUUGCGGGACGUCUCAUUGUUGGCAUUGGAGUCGGUUUGGGGCAAACUGCCGCGGGAACGUAUGUGGCGGAAACGACUGCGCCGUCCAUCCGGUCUCUGGCAUUAGGUCUCUACUUCUCCUGUUGGGCUGUUGGAGCCCUGCUUGCGGCCGGGAUCUCUUAUGGUUCCUCCGCGCUUGAGCCAUCGGAUUGGGCUUGGAGAGUCCCCUCGAUCCUCCAGGCUGCACCUCCUCUAUUCGUCAUGAUCCUUAUCUAUCUGGCCCCAGAGUCUCCUCGAUGGCUUGCCUUUCGCGACCGAAGAGACGAAGCCCUUCAAGUGCUAGCAAAGGUCAACGGGGCUGACGCCAGUGACGACAACGUUCAGAUGCAAUUCAGAGAAAUCAUCGAAACAUUGGAAUACGAGAAGCGAGAGGGGAACGCUUUGGGAAUCCGCGGAAUGGUUCGGAAGCCCAACCGCAAGCGUCUACUAUUGGCCUUAUCAGUUGCGCCUCUGGCGAUGUUGACGGGAUCAAAUGUCAUCACGUACUACUUUGGCCGAAUGCUGAGUCAGGCUGGCGUCACCGAUCCAACCACGCAACUCCAGAUCAAUGUCAUCCUGUCCUUCUGGCAAUUAGUUGUUGCAAUCACCGGAUCGACACUAGCCGAGAAACUGGGCAGAAGAGUCCUCGCUCUCGGAAGUUUGGGUACCUGCUCAACCUUCUUCUACCUUCUCGCAGGUCUCACGGCCAAGUACGGGACCUCGGGCGACAAAGCUGGCACAUACGGCACCAUCGCGUGCAUCUUUCUGUUCUUGGGUGCAUACGCCUUUGGCAUUACGCCUUUGGCAUUACGCCUCUCACGGCCAUCAAUGCAGGGGAUUCUUAUCAAGUCAUGCGGUGUCUUGGUCUCAAUGGCGUUUCCGUACCUGAUGGAGAGCAUUGGAUGGAAGACUUACAUCGUCAAUGCGUCGUGGAACAUCUUGGUUUGGGUGUAUAUCUACUUCCAGUGGGUGGAGACCAAGGGUCUGACGUUGGAGGAGGUUGAUGUUUUGUUUGAUGGGCAGAAGGCUGUUCAGACGAUUGAGGAGGGUGUGAUGAAGUCAGCUGCAAGGACCAUCUCGUGA